AUGUUUCCAACUGCCAGCCAACAUCUGGUCCUGACGCUCCUGCUGAGCGUGUUCGUCUACUGGCCAUGUCCAGCUCUGGGUCACGGCCGCCUCUGGGACCCCCCUGGACGUAGCACCAUGUGGAGGAGGGGCUACAACACGCCCCCUAACUACGACGACAACCAGCUGUUUUGUGGAGGGAUCGAUCAUGAAAUCAGCGAAGGUUACCGGUGUGGCGUGUGUGGAGAUCCUUUUGAUGGGCCUUAUGAAAACGAAGCCGGCGGCAAGUACGCCACAGGGACCAUAACCAACACUUACCGCAAGGGACAGAGAGUUACCUUUCAAGUUGAUCUGACUGCCAACCACUAUGGCUACUUUGAGUUCAAGAUCUGUCCCACAAACAACCCACACUCCCGAGAGACCCAGACCCAGGCAUGCUUUGAUCAACAUGUGGUGUCCCUGGCCGAUGGGUCUGGCACACAUUACAAGGUGACACCUGGCAACAACAUGAAGCACAUCGAUGUCGUGCUGCCGUCCAAUCUGGUCUGUGACUUUUGUGUUCUACAAUGGCGCUACCACGCAGAAAACAGCUGGGGAACCGGCCCAGACAACAAGUCAUGCACCGGUUGCGGCCCACAAGAGGAGUUCUACGGCUGUGCAGACAUUAAGAUUGUCAAUUGA